UCAACAGUUUUUGUCGCAUAACUUAAACGAGAGAAGAGAAAAGAAAAGAAAAAAGAAAAUCAUCCUAACAAAGGAAGAGAUUGAGAAAACCUAGAUGGAUCAAUCACAAGAAUUUCUUCCAUUUCGUUUCGCCAAUGCGAUGUGAUCGUGGUCCAGCAGUCGUGGUAGAAUCAAAUCCUUCAUUUAUUCCGAUUUCAAUUCGUUAAUCUCCUCUUCACCUUCCACGUCCUUUCGCGGUUGCCGGCGGCUCCUCCCGUCAUCGCCGCCGCGUAGUUCCUGUCGUCGCAACCCUAAUAAUCGCCCGGAGUGAAAUAUUAGAUUAUAGACCUCUCUGUGUAGCGAAUCUUGAUGAGCGAUGGAGUUGGCACAACUAGAAGCAUUGUGCGAGAGGCUGUACAAUUCGCAGGACUCGGUAGAACGUGCUCACGCGGAGAACACACUGAAAUGUUUUUCGAUGAACACUGAAUACAUUUCCCAAUGCCAAUACAUACUUGAUCAUGCCUUGACACCCUAUGCAUUGAUGCUGGCUAGUUCCAGUUUGUUGAAACAAGUCACGGAACACAGCCUUGCCUUGAAGCUUCGCCUUGAUAUAUGGACAUACCUCAUAAACUAUCUAGCGACCAGAGGACCUGAGUUACAGCCAUUUGUGACUGCUUCUUUGAUCCAACUUUUAUGUCGAGUUACAAAGUUCGGAUGGUUUGAUGAUGACCGAUUCCGGGACCUGGUAAAAGAAUCAAUGAACUUCUUGAGUCAGGCAACGCCAGGUCAUUAUGCCAUUGGUUUGAAGAUCCUAAGUCAGCUUAUCUCUGAGAUGAAUCAGGCUAAUGCUGGUAUGCCUGCAACAAUUCAUCGAAGGGUUGCUUGCUCUUUUAGAGACCAAUAUCUUUUUCAGAUAUUCCAGAUAUCUUUAACAUCAUUGGGUCAACUGAAAAAUGAUGUGGUCAAUCAAAUGCAAGAAUUGGCACUUGCUCUUUCUUUGAAAUGUUUAUCAUUUGAUUUNAGCUAA